CAUGUUCUGCUAGCUAAGCUCUAUAUAGUGCAAAUGUAACGGUUGUUUAUAACAAAUCAGAAAACUUCACGUAUUCCUCCUAUCCUAUGGAACUGACAGAUUGUAAGCCUGCAUGUGCUCUCUGCUCUUCUUGUUUUUUUCCCCCCACAAAGUCCUCUUCUCUCUUUGUCUCCUUCUUACCCCAAUACUAAUCCUUUUCUUUCACCAAAAGUCAAGAGUUAAUUAAACACACUUAAUUUAAUACCUUUGAGAAUUUCAAUCCCGCUCCCCACCCCUAGGCCCCUCCCUUCUUCUUAUAUGUCCUCUUCACAAUAAUAUGCCUAAUACUCCCACAACUAGUACUAGUGAUUUUUAUUUGACUUACAUAAAGCUAAGAUUUUUCACAAAAGUCAGGCGGUUUCUUCAGCUUAAGGCAACAUCUGAAAAGCCAUUGAAACCUUUGAUUGUGAUUGAAGAAGAGGAAAAGGGAGAAAAGGGUGUAAUGGGAAAAGAGGGUAGUAAAGAUAAUGGGUGGAUAGUUAUGCAAAAAUCAGUGAAGAAACUUCAUUUUGGGAGCUGUGAUGAAAAAGAGGUGGCUGUAAAAGAGAUAAAGAAGUUGGCUAAAGAUGAUUUAAAGAGAAGGAAAUUGAUGGCGGAGCUGGGCGUAAUUCCACCGCUUGUGGCCAUGGUUGGUGGUUCUCAGGUGGUGCAGAGAUUGGCGGUGCAAGCAUUAGUUGAGCUUGCCAAUGGCUCUUUCACGAACAAGGCUCUGAUGGUGGAAGCAGGAAUCCUAUCAAAAUUACCCCAAAAAACAGACAACUUAGAUGGAAACACAAGGCAAGAAUUUGCAGAAUUGAUCUUGUCUAUAUCAUCAUUAGCCAACACCCAAUUCAAUAUGGAUUCCUCAAGAAUUAUUCCAUUUGUAGUCAGCAUUCUUGAUUCAUCAAAUUCAAGUGUUGAGACCAAAUGUACAUGUCUAGGGGCAUUGUACAAUAUAUCCUCUGUGCUGGAAAAUUCUGCCAGUUUGGCAACUAAUGGAAUAGUAACCACUCUAUUGAGAUUGUCUUCAUUGAAGGAAGUAUCAGAGAAAGCACUAGCCACAUUGGUGAAUCUUGUGGUUACCCUAAUGGGGAAGAAGGCGAUGGAGGAUAACCCGAGGGUUCCCGAGAGCUUAAUCGAGAUAAUGACAUGGGAAGAGAAGCCAAAAUGCCAAGAAUUAUCGGUAUACAUUUUGAUGAUUUUGGCUCACCAAAGUUCAAUUCAAAGGGAGAAAAUGGCCAGGGCUGGUAUAGUUCAAGUACUUCUUGAAGUGGCAUUGUUGGGUACCUCUUUGGCCCAAAAAAGAGCAAUGAAAUUGUUACAAUGGUUUAAGGAUGAAAGGCAGAGCAAAAUGGGACCUCAUUCAGGGCCACAAGUAGUAAGGAUGCCAAUUGAUUCACCACCAAUGAGUCCAAGAUCUGUUGAGGAAAGCAAGAAACUGAUGAAGAAAAUUGUGAAACAAAGCCUUUAUAAGAAUAUGGAGACAAUUACUAGUAGAGCCAAUGGUGGUAGUGAAACUUCAAGGCUAAAGUCCCUAGUUGUUAGCUCAAGCUCUAAGAGUUUGCCUUACUAAGAUAUUGAUCUUUUUAAGCAUUUGAUCAAAACUCAUCUUGCACUACUUGUGCAUUGUUCUGCAUGAAUUGUUCAUUUCUUUGUAUCAUAUGAAAAUAUUUGUCCUACAGAAAAAGAAUAAAAAGAGUGAUAGAAUAGCCAAACAACAAUAGUCUAAUGAUUCGUUCCAAUACGAAGAAGCACAUGUGGAUCCAGGAUUUGAAUUUUAUAGAUUUAAGUCGAGAUUCUAACACAA